UUGGAAAGUGGGACAACCGGAGAGAGGGCGUAGGGUGUUGUGCACGCGCCUCGGCAUCGGGGAUUUCACGUUCUCAGCUGAUGUCUUGACAAUGCGGAAUUUAUAGUGUUCUUCCAUCGAGCAGAACGGCACGCGACCGGCGUGUGUCAGUACUGAGAAGAGGAAAACCUCAGUCUAUGCAAAUUUGGGAAUCAGGGUGGAGGAAAUGGCAUUUCAGCUCUUUUCGUAGACCGAGCGAGGCGCUGCUGCUGGUGGUGACUCCUGAUCAGGGAUGGGGCAUUAAUAUAGUAGCAUAUAUCUGCAACAGCCGAAGAUGGUGAAUUCAAGUGUUUUAUCGUUAUGGCAAACAGAACUGGCAGCAUCAUGCUGAAAUGCGUGGUCGUCGGCGACGGCGCCGUUGGGAAAACUUGUCUGCUGAUGAGCUAUGCCAACGACGCUUUUCCCGAGGAAUAUGUACCAACUGUCUUUGAUCAUUAUGCAGUCAGUGUGACCGUUGGGGGAAAACAAAACCUGUUGGGGCUUUAUGACACUGCGGGUCAGGAGGACUAUGAUCGCCUACGACCCCUCUCCUACCCCAUGACAGAUGUCUUCCUUAUUUGCUUUUCGGUGGUGAAUCCAGCCAGCUUCCAGAACAUAAGAGAGGAGUGGGUCCCUGAACUGCAGGAGUAUGCCCCCAAUGUCCCUUACCUACUCAUUGGCACUCAGAUUGACCUGCGGGAUGACCCAAAGACUAUUGCCAAGCUGAAUGAUGUAAAGGAGAAGCCCAUUGUGACAGAACAGGGCCAAAAGCUUGCAAAAGAGAUUGGUGCCUGCUGUUAUGUUGAAUGCUCAGCAUUGACGCAGAAAGGCUUGAAGACCGUGUUUGACGAGGCCAUUAUAGCCAUUCUGGCUCCCAAGAAAGGUGCACUCAAGCGAAGACUGAGCCCACGCUGCAUUAACUGCUGCCUGAUCACAUGAAUGGGACUGAUACACUAACU